GUGGACCGUUUUUUAAAAUAAACUUUAUUUAAAAAUGUUUCUCAGAUUCCCUUGUGUGCACAGACUGGUGUCAGAUUGCAUGUUGACUCCAGCUCACAAUAAACGCAGAGUUUUGCUAGUAAAGCUAAGUAAAAGCUGCACAGUGAGGUGCAACUCCGACGAGGGGCAGACGAACCCCCCACACCCGGGUUCCGAGCAGGCAUCCAGGCAGUCUCUGCUGUCCAGGAGGAGGCGACACCUGUCCCCACUGGAGAGGAUCAGCAGCCUCCUGCCCCAGGAGGUCCUGAGUCCAGAGGUGGAGCAGCUGAGAGAGCAGACUCGGCAAGAACAGGAUGGAGACGCGAGGAGAGACUUCACACAAGAGAAAAGUGAAGCUGGGACAGUCUCUAAGCUGGAGGAUUUAGAAACCCAUGUGGCCUCUGAUGCAGCAGAGGUACCAAACACUCAUGAGGAAGACAUUCUUCCAGGGGAGUCCUUCCUCAAUUUUGGGGAACUUGUCAUAGCGGAGUAUCGAAAGAAAAUUCGGGUGGAGUUCAGAAAGAUGUUCCAGCUGGAGGCGGGUUCUCGGCUGCAGAGCAGCUGGGGGAUCAUUCUGCAUGACGACAUUGCUGGACAGCCUGCAGGCUGCUUCCUGAAAACAAGCAGAGGGGUUUCUAUCUCCAUACGGCGGGCCAGUCUGGAGGACUAUGUGCUCUACAUGAAGAGGGGGCCAGCGAUCGCUUACCCUAAGGAUGCUGCAAACAUGCUGAUGAUGAUGGACGUCGCAGAGGGAGACUGCGUGUUGGAGUCGGGCUCCGGGUCGGGAGCCAUGUCUCUGUUCCUGUCCAGAGCAGUGGGCUCAAAGGGUAGCGUUCUGAGUUUGGAGGUCAGGAAGGAUCACCACAGGCGAGCCAUAUUGAACUACGAGCGCUGGAGGAAGUCGUGGAGUCUUCAUCGAGGGCAGCAGUGGCCGGACAACGUGGAGUUUCACAACGCCGACCUCUGCACAGCCUCGCCACUGCUUAGCGGGCGCGCCUUUAAUGCGAUAGCUCUGGACAUGAUCCGUCCUCAUCUGGCGUUACCCACCGUGCUCCCGCAUCUCUACCCCGGAGCUGUGUGUGCCGUCUAUCUCGCUAAUUUAAAGUGCAGCUGUUCUAUUCCACCUAUGACACAAAAGGAAGCAGCCUUUGGUUUACAGAGGACCUGAAAUAGAAAAAAGGACUGUUCCUUUGUCAUUAUCACAGCAGCUGCACCCAAACACAUCCGUCUUUUAACAAGCAGUGGGCUACUGAGUUAGAAAAAUAUUUUUGCACAAUAAUUCUAUAUAAAAAUUAGAAUAAAUUAAAAAUAAAAACUUGAAAGUUCUACUCCAAUCAUUUAAACCAGUGGUCCCCAACCUCUUUGUGGCUGCGAGAUCAACCCAUGAGGAUUUUACCAGACUUUUUUUUUUUUUUUUUUUUUUUAUGAAAGUACAUGCAUGAGUCAUGUUCACAACUUCUGAAAUGAGCACCAUGCUUGUUUGAGCAUUUCAGUGACCGUUCAGAAGAUUAGAUUCAUUCGCGAAAGUCACAUCUCUAUGCAAACAGGUGCGGUGUGUGGGAAUCAUCUGUUCUUCUGCUCCUCAUUUAUCCCUUCCAUUUGCAGAGAAAGGUUCCUCAGGUAACUUUUCUCGUGUCACACGCCGCUGGACUGCUUUUAGCACUCAAGCUAAUCGAGAGAAUUCGGUCCAUUUUCAAAACUAAAAGUUUUCUGAAAAAGAUCGAUUAUACAGUCAUUUUGCUCCACUGGUCAAACGUUAAAGAUUUUGUGUUCAAGCGUCACCAGCGACGCCUCAGGUGCUAAAGGGUUAAAGCGUUACAAAGAAACAUACAGGUUUCUGUCCCUUAAUA